AUGGAAGUUAAAGAAAAACAAGAUGAACAGGUGUUAAUUUUUGACACAACAAAUAGCAUAAAUCAUCUCACAGGAAACGAAUUUUAUUUUUUUUCUAACCAUGACGCAAAGGAACAUAAAAAAAAUUAUUCACAGAAUUCUCCACCCAAGGAAACAUAUCAAAACAAUCACACCACAGAGCUUGGUGUAGAUAUAAACAAAAAUAAUAACAAUGUAGAAAAUUCUAAAAAAGAAAUAAUUAACAAAAAUAAGAAAGAUGAUCAAGAUAAAGAGACAAAAUUAAAUGUAUUAAAUGAAACAUGCAACCGUAAUACCCAUGAUUAUUUGUUUUCAAAAUGUAUGGAUAAAAAAUGGACUUACGAAGAAAGAGAAAAAUUUGUUUUUGAACAAGAAUAUGCCAAAGUUACUAAUAUAUAUAAUGUAGACGAUGUUUUGAAAAUUAUAAACAAUUUAAAUUCGAUCAGAAAAGAAAUUGAAACUACAAUAUAUAAAAAAUUAGAAAAAAAAUAUAAAGAUUAUCUUAUAAACUCAGUUAAAAUUAGAGAGAUAGAAAAUCACAUAUCGAAUAUUAACGAUUUAGUUGUCGAUAAUAUGAAUGAAUUAAAAGUGAUACAAGAUAAUAAAUAUAAAGAGAUCUUAAACAUAAUAGAAUUGGUUAAAAAAAAAAAAAGAAAUCAAAAAAUUAAUUCAGUUAUUUUAAUUAUUUAUAUUAUUUCUAUUUUUGAUAAGAUCAUUUUUAGAAGCAUUUUAAAAAAAAAUUAUGAGUAUGCAUCUUUAGUAUAUUACGAGAUGUCCAAUUUAAUAAAUGAUAAUAUUAAAUUAUUAAAAAAUAUUAAUUGCAUACGUGCAUUAAAAGAAAAAAUGUCUUCAGAGUAUCUAAAUAGAUUAAAACAAAAAAACCAAACAGACUUCAUUGAAUUUUUGUUUUCAAAUAAUUCUAAAAAGAACUUGGAAAUACAAAUACAAGUUUCAUUCAAAAUUUAUUACUUGAUUUAUAAAUCAAAAUCUUCAAAUUUUAUUGAGAAUUUAUUAGGUUAUGUAUAUCAGUGUUUUCGGAAAAUUUCUAAACAAGUUAUUCUAUCAUUUGUAAUUAUACAAAAAAAAAAAGAUCCUUUUAAAAGUACCCUUUCACAAAAUGAAGAAGAAAAAGAAAGAACCAGAGAUAGGGAGAUGGAAAAAAGGGAAAUAUCUAAUGGAGAGCUAAAAGAAGAAAUUAUGUUUUUAAAUGAAAAAUCCAUAAAAACAGUUGACAGUGAAUUAAAAAAUAUUUCUAUAUCGGAAAAUGCUAACAAAAUAGUAUUAAUGGAAAGGGUAUUAAAAGAAGAUACACAUAACAUAAAUAAAAAUACAAGUGAUGUAGAAUUAAAAUAUAUUGACGGUUUGAAAAAUGUACAUAAUAAUGACACAAAAAAUACACCCACUGAUAAAUAUGAAAUAAACAAGCAAAGCAAAACAGUACAUUCAUCAGAAAAUAUUAGUAAUCUAAAUAAUUCAUUUGAAAACGAGAUAAAUCAAAACGAAGAUGAAGAUAAUUUAUUGUUUAUUCCUUUAAAUGAAUUAGUUCAUAAAUUAAAUGAAAAAGAUAGUUAUAUUUCAAUGGUCAAAAUUUAUGAAAUCACAAUUGACAUCCUUAACAAAUAUGAUUUUAUCAUAAUAUAUUUAUUAAGUUGCUACAAAAAUUAUGCAUCAAAAUUAGUAAAUAAGGAUGAGGAAGAUAAAAAAACGAAUUUGGAUGAAAACAAAGAAAAAGUUAUUCCCACAAAUUAUGAAAAUCCUUCUACACAAAAUUCCAUUAAAAUAUAUCAUGAUCUAAAUUCUAUAAAAUGCAAUGACCAUAAAUAUAAUAACUGCGAAAUGUUACACGAUAAUAAGACAGCAUAUGAUCAUAAAAUUCAGAAAGAAAAAACAGAACGAGACAAAAAAAAUAAUACUGAUGAUCUUCAUUUUAAUUUCUAUGAUAUAUUAAAUUUUCACAAAAAUAAAAAACAUAAUUCACCAUCAGACAGCCUUUUUAUGAAUAAUAACUACUCAUUUUUAGACAAAUAUCCAAAUAUAAAAGAUCAGAUAGAAAAUUAUUUAAUGGACAAAAUAACUAAAUAUGAAUACUGUGAGGAAUAUGCCAAUUUUUCUAGAAAAUGUGCAAAUACAUUCAUAAAUUCAAAAAAUAAAUUUUUAAAAAAUAUAGAAAAAGUAAUAAAAACAAUUGUUGAAAAUAUACAAUUCGAUAAUUUUGAUUUCAAUUAUGGAUUAGGAUUUAUAGUGAUUACUAUUAUUUUUUGUAUUCAUUCUUUUCUUUUUGAAAAUGAUUGCUCAAAUAAAUAUAUAUACAAUUUGAGAAAAUAUGAAUUAAAUUCACCCCAGCCAAAACAUCACGAAUACACCAAAAAUCAUAGCUCUAACGAAGAAACAUCCAAAAUGAAUGAUACAAAUACGAUUCUAAAUAAUAGUGUAACAAAUAAAAACGAAAAAGAGGAAAACAAAAACUUGAAAAACACAUUGAAAGAAUACUUUCUCAACGAAUUUCCACAUAUAAAUAUUUUUGAAAAGGAAAGCAUAGAUAUUUUUUAUAGCAUGAUAGAAAACAAUAUAAUUUUUAAAGAAAUAGAAAAAAAUAUUAAAAAUAAUUUUUCAAAAAUACUUUCCAUGAAUAUUCGAAAAUUAAAUAAUGCUAUUAAUAAUGAUACCUGGGUAAGAAUACCAACUAUAAGAAAUCAACCUAUUUUAAAAAAAAAAAAUAAAUUUUCUAGUGUCAUAUCGUUUUAUAAAAAAAUAUUUAAUAAUUUUUUAAAUAUUCCUUUUUCGGAAAACCCAUUAAUGAAUUUUAAUUUCGAAACAUUAGAACAAGAUCUUUCAUCAUAUGACAUAUUAAAUGAACCUUUGGAAGGAGAAAUAAAUUACAUCAAUUAUUCAGAAGAUAAUAUUACUAACCAAGUAUCUUUUGGCAAACCUUCUGACAAAAUUACUCUAGAAAAACGGAACAUAUAUCAACCUAUCGAAAAGAAAAGUGUACAAAAUAAAGUCGAUAAUAAUGAAGAAGAAAAAAAAGAGAAUCUACAUAAUUUAACAAAUGAUAAAAACAAAAUAUACAGUAUGAAAAAUUUUGAAAUUGUUAAUUUUGACAUAGUUUCCUCAUACUCUACAAAUAUGCUAAUAUCAGUGCUUCAGAAAUAUCUUGAACUUAAUGAAUUAUUACCAAAUUUAAAAGAUGAAAUUCAUAAUAAUAUUUUUAAAACAAUUGAUUUAUAUAUAUACAUGUUAUGUUAUUACUUCAUGAAACAAUCAACAAUUGAUGAACUUAUAGUUGAUCCAAAACAAUGCAAUGAAAGACUUGGAUUAAAUAGCAUAUAUUUUAUUAUAAAAAGACAAGAAAAGUAUAAAGAACUAUAUACCUUUUUAACUUCUUAUAAUGAUGAAAUUAAAAAUGACCAAAAUAUAUGCAAUCUCGAAAAUCUUAAUAUAAAUAAAAGUAAUUUCCACCAACCUCAAUAUACUGUAGACAAUUUUAAUAAAAAUAACAUUACAGAUAAUAAAAAAUAUCUUUUCCGUUUAAAUAAUUAUUCUAAAAUUUAUAGUUCUACUUCGAUAUAUGCUAUUUCUGAAAAAAUUGUAUCUAUAGAAUCAUUAUAUUGUUUAAUAUCAAAAUUAAAAGAAGAUGUAAUCAAAAUGGAUUUUUCAACAAAUGAAGAAAAUCAUAAUUAUCAAAAAAGUGUAACUAAAGAAAAAAAAGUAAAUGAUACCUGUGAUAACUAUGAACAUAUAAAGGAAGAAAAUUCAAAUUGCAAACCAAUUAAUAAAGAUAAUAAUAUGUUCAUUUCAUUUUUAAAUGAUAAAUUAAAAAUUGUAGAGGAACUACGAAUUUUAAUAUAUUGUGAUUCUUUGUUUGGAAUUAUUGACAGUAGUAACUAUAUAAAAGAAGUAUUAAAAAUAAUCAAUGAUGCUUACAAUAAUGAAAAAGAUAAAAAAACAACAACAAAUGAUGACUUAAAUUUAAAAAAUAAAAACUUUAAAAUGAAUUUAAACGAAUAUAUGAAUUUAUAUUUAAAUAUAUUAAAUGAUGGAAAAAGAAAAUUAAUGUUUUCUUGUGAAGGAGUUACAUCUAUUAUUAUUCAUUAUUUACUUUGGAAUUUAAUUAAUUAUAUAUUUAAUUUAAAUAAUAUAGAAAUUAUAUAUAAUAUCAAAAAGGAAAUUAUUCCUAUAAUAAACAGUUCUAAAAACAUUAAAAAACAAACAAAUCAUAAUAAGUGUAAAGCUCAAGAAAAUAAUAAGUAUAUGUCCACAACCAAAAAUGGAAAUACUCUAUUAUCACAUAAUAAUAAUAAUUAUUAUAAACGCAUAGUAACACCUUUAAAUAAUAAACAUGGGAAAACUGAAAUAUUCACAACACACAAUAACCAAUAUGAAGAUAAUUAUACAAAAGAGCUUUUCAUAAUAAAUACAUUAAAAUAUUUUUUUUCGACAAUAUCUAAUUCUAUAAUACAAAAUAUAAAAUACUUUGAAAAAGAAAUUGAAAAUUAUUUAAAUAAAAAUAAUAAUGCAACAAUACAAAAUACAAUAUAUAUGAAAUUUUUUAAUGAUUUAAAAAAUUCAACUAAUAACUCGAGAUACAAUUUUUAUUAUAUAUAUUUGUCUAAUGAAAUUAAUUAUUACGAUCAAUAUUUAGAUUUACAUUUUUAUAAUUUAGAAAAACUCGAUUACUUAAUAAAGAACUGCAAUCCAGAUUUUUUUCAAUAUAAACAUAUACGUUCUAUCAUUAUGAAAUAUUAUCAUUUUAAGAUGAUCCCUGAUAAUUACGUUGCUAGUUAUGAAACGGGUAUAAUCAAAUAUAUACAAAAUAAAAUUAAACCAGUAAAUUCGUAA